CAGACUUUCAUGUGUUGAAUUAGUCUUCUUCCUGGCCGAGUGCAUCUCCUAGUGAGUUUUUCCUUCUUCUUUGUGAGGCUAGAAGUGUGAGUGUAGGCGUGGCUAUCUAGAGAAGUUGCUCCCUUAGCUUAGGAGUGCACAAGAGACAAUCGGAAAACCGAGCUCCGGACUGCCUGAGUCAGAAUACGGCAACGGAAUCGAUCCUCAACAGUGAUAUCAGAGACGGGGUUGUCGUCGUCUUCGUUUUCGCCAAAUUCCGCCGGCCGGAGGUCACCAACGGUCAAGCUUCGUCGUCUUCUCACAGGAGCUCACUGUUUCGUCCACCAGAGAUUGAAACCGCUGGAGCUCUGCUCGUGACUCGCCCAGACCCCUCACGCUAGAAAUCGACCGUUGAUUUCUGUUCCGCCGCCGUACACUGCCGAUUUAAGGUCUGGAAAGCCAUCGCCGGAAGUCGCUACUGUCCAGCAGAGAGAUUGUUUUCGCAUGGAGGUCAUAGCUCGCGGAUAAGUUUGUCGCUGGAGCCGCCGCCUUCCGUCGCUGCAGGUCGCCGUCCCAGAGCUCGUCCUUAUCCGUUCUUGUCUUGGUCGCAGAGAGAACGAGUUGUACCUAGACGUGGAUCUCUCGCUCAGAAGCAGAGAAUAGAGGACCUGGGCUUCAAAUCAUUGGGCUACAACUCAAUUGGGUUGGACGCUGGUCAAAGCAGAGGAGUCUACUUCGCUGGACAAAGAAGAAUCCCAGAAGCUCGUGGUUCGUCACUCUCCUGGGAGCUGGAGGACUGAACAUUGAGGCUGGAUUUGGAAUGCGAGACACAGUACGUGAUACCUUUCUGCUGCUGGACUUGGGAUGUACCUUCUGGGCUGCUCAGUUGCUGAACUGCUUGACUUUGAGUUGCACUUGGAGCUUGAUAUUGGGGUUGGACUUGGAGCAGAGAAGAGACUUGGUCAAUUGCUCAGUCAACUUGGUCAAAACUCGGUCAACGUCCGUCAAGGGCAGUCAAUAGUCUGAAAAAUCCCAAUUUUUAAAUUGGGUGGGUAAGGUCCAAAAACUCUCCUAGUGUUUGGCUAUUGUAAGUCUUCUUUAUCCGAAAUUUCAGUUUCUGCUUUUCAAUUAUUUUAAAUUGUUAGAAUUUGUUGUUGAUUUAAUAUUUGCUAGAUUGUAUUUAUUUGUGCUAAUGUUAGCCCUAUAAAUGUUAAGUUGUUUUUUAGCUAAAGUUUCAUUUUAUUUUUUCUUGUUUAGUUUUUCUGUGUGAAAAUGUCUGCUUUUAAUCAGUAUGGAAUAGCUCCAUUUAAUGGAAAAACUGAUUUUAGCAUAUGGAAACAGAAAAUAAAGUGCAUAUUAAUUCAACAAAAAUCAUAUAGGGCCAUUAGUGAGACCUAUUUGGCUUCCGAUACGGAAGAGAAAAAAGCAGAAAUGAAUGAAAAUGCUUGUUCUACAAUUCACUUGAACUUAUUUGAUUGUGUGCUCAGAAAAGUAGGAAUUUUAGAAUCAGCUAAAUCUGUGUGGAAUAAACUUGAAGAGCUUUAUAACGUAACCUCUUUGCCUAACCGGAUGUUUUUACUUGAGAAGUUCUUCAAAUUUAGACUAGAUAUGUCUAAGGAUAUUGAAGAAAAUCUAGAUGUUUUUACCAAACUUAUUUCGAAUAUUAAGUUGUGUGGUGAUAAGCAUAUAGAUGAUUAUUCCCCUAUUUCUCUUUUAAAUGCUAUUCCUGAUUCCUUUGUGAGGACAGUACUAGAGGUCUGAAUAGAGGUCUGAAGUAACUACCUCGGGGCCUAUGGGACCGGGGUGUUACAGUGAGUUGCUAUUUUUUGAACCUCACAUAGUUCAAAAUUCCCAGUUUCAUGUUCACUCUCUUGCGAAGUUAAGUGAAGAGUUGGUCAAAUCUGGAAAGGCGGAACACUUCAAAAAGAUUACAAGAAUAAUUCAUCUUGUAUUGAGUUUACCUGUUUCGACUGCAACAAUAGAAAGAUCAUUUUCUACAUAAACAAGGGCAAUGCCACAGUACGCAAUGAGUGUUUUUUUGUUGCCUUAUGAGCUUUGUGAGAAGGUGCAACGGGCCAUGAAUGCCUUCUGGUGGCGAGAUCAUGCUUUUAAAGGAAAAGUUAUUAGAUGGCGGAGGUGGACCAAUUUGUGUGUUCUGAAGAGCGCUGGGGGAUGGGCUUUCGCAGGCUGCGGGAGUUCAAUAUUGCUAUGUUGGGAAAGCAGCGGGAAGAUUGCAAAGCUAUCUCGGCCAUACCUUUAAAGGGCUUUCGGGGAGGGGGUGAAUUGAUUUGGGCGGCUGAGAGAACUGGAAAAUACUUGGUCCGGAGAAUUGAUUCGGUUCUCUAGCUAAAAGAAAUACUUUCUAUGACUCAUACUCUACGAAGUUACUUGCAAAAAUCUAAAGCUAGUCGCAGUGCAUCCUACUUAUAAGCUUGAACUCUAAGUAUUGUGCCUUCAAAUAAAAGAAGAUUUAUGGGGUUGUUUGCUACCUGUAAAAGUACUUUAUUUCCCAAACUAGAAAAUCAAAAAGAA